AACACAAAACCAUAGGACUCUUUAAACUCGCUUUUCUUCUUACAAGUUUUUAAAGUUAGUGCGGUUCUGUUUCUUCACUCCUUUCCCCCACUUCACACAUUCAAAGCUCAAACCUCAAAAUUCCCAAUUUCAGAUCAAACCCAUAACCCUAAAAAUGUCGAUUUCUCGGGAUCCGCCUCUCUUGUUCUUAGCUUUCUUCAUCACGUUCUCUCUUGUUUUAUCCCCUGUGACCGAAGCUAGAUACCAUCACCACAAAGAGAAACACGACAAGCACAAUCAUCACGGCCCGAAAUCUUCACACAUUUCCGAGCCUCCUUCUUCGUCUAUCUCUCAGCCUCCUUGUCUUUCUCCGGACCCGAACGAGCCGCCACCUUCCGAUGAUCCGUCCGGUGAUGAAGGCAUCUACGACGUCAGGAAGUUUGGUGCGGUCGGAGACGGUGUCACCGACGACACGGAGGCUUUCAAAACGGCGUGGGAUUCGGCCUGCAGCAACGAAAACGUCACCACGUCUGUCUUGCUUGUGCCUUACGGCUUCACCUUCAUGAUUCAGUCCACCAUUUUCACUGGUCCUUGCCGCUCAUACCAAAUCUUGCAAGUGGACGGGACAAUUGUGCCACCAGAUGGACCGGAGUCGUGGCCGAGCAACAUAAGUAAAAGGCAAUGGCUCGUCUUCUACAGAAUCAACGGAAUGUCUCUCAAAGGCGCCGGCGUUAUUGACGGACGCGGACAAAAAUGGUGGGAUCUCCCCUGCAAACCGCACCGGUCCGCCAACAAAACUGAGUACGUCGUCGGACCUUGUGACAGCCCCAUCGCCAUAAGAUUCUUCAUGAGCUCUAACUUAACGGUGGAAGGACUGAGGAUAAAAAACAGCCCGCAGUUCCAUUUUAGAUUCGAUGGCUGUAAAGACGUUCACGUCCAUUCCCUUCACAUCACCGCCCCGGCGUUGAGCCCCAACCCCGACGGCAUCCACGUCGAGAAUUCCAACUCCGUCCAAAUCUACAACUCCGUUAUCUCCAACGGAGAUGAUUGUGUGUCGAUUGGUUCUGGAUCUUAUGAUGUCGAUAUAAGGAAUCUCACUUGCGGUCCCGGCGGUCACGGAAUAAGUAUUGGAAGCCUAGGCAACCACAACUCACGAGCAUGCGUAUCGAACAUAACGGUGAGAGACUCCGUCAUAAAACAAUCUGCCAACGGUGUCCGAAUCAAGACAUGGCAAGGCGGGUCCGGGGCUGUGUCGGGUGUCACAUUCAGCAACAUCCACGUGGACAAUGUCCGAAACCCUAUGAUCAUCGAUCAAUACUACUGUCUAUCCAGAGAUUGCUCGAACAAAACGUCCGCGGUGUUUGUAUCGGACAUAACGUACGAAAGCAUAAAGGGUACGUACGACAUAAGGAGCCCUCCCAUGCAUUUCGGCUGCAGCGACUCGGUCCCAUGCACGAACCUAACCCUAUCCGACAUCGAGUUGCUUCCCGCCAUUGGCGACAUCGUUCUUGAUCCCUUUUGCUGGAAAGCUUAUGGGAACGCCGAAGAGCUCACAAUUCCUCCCAUCUCGUGCCUCAUGCCCGAUCCCCCGACUUCGUUAUUGGAUGCCCUUCUCGAACAGUGUGGACACUGACGACUCUAAUUAUUCGAAAUAAUGCGUGUUUUUAGAUUAAUGUAUAGAGUAUGUAUAACUUGAAGAACUGAAUCGAUCGUGUGAGGAGUGGUAUGUUUUAUUUGCCGCUCCCGAUAUCUAGAUAUGUAAAAGAUUUGUCGUUUGUGUUUUAGGUUUCUAUGAUGAUUUGCAUGUGUACUUUUUUUGAACUCAUUAUAUUAUGGAGUGAUUGUGAAUUUGCUUCUUA